AUGCGAGAAGAGAUUGGCGAUGAUGCUGUAUGCUGGAUUUGUGCAGAACCGGUCAAGUAUUAUUCGGUAUCGCAGUGCAAUCAUCGCACCUGCCAUGUCUGCGCCUUGCGCCUUAGAGCGCUUUAUAAAAAGAAUGACUGUACUUUUUGCAAGGAGCCUCAGUCGUCAGUCAUCUUCACAACAUCUGAAGAUGCGCCGUUCUUGUCCUUUACGGAUGAAUCUACCCCUUAUGCGGACACCCCACUAUCAAUAUUAUUCGAGACGGAGGAAAUGAUGCAGGAGUCGCUCAUUCUUCUUCGCUCUAAUUGCCCAGAGGGGGACUGCGACUUUAUUGCAAAGGGAUGGGCGGAUCUUAAGCUGCAUGUCCGUGCGACGCAUAAUAAAUUGAUGUGCGAUCUUUGUUUACGAUCCAAAAAGGUCUUUGCCCACGAGCAUGCUUUAUACACCUACCCACAACUGGCAGCGCACCUUCCGUCGAUGAAUUGUCGAGCUAAGGCCCCACCUAAUCAAAUUGAAGGCGGCGUACAUCCAUUGUGUCAGUUUUGCCGCGAAUGUUUCUUUGAUGAUGAUGAACUGUUCCCGCAUAUGCGAGAGCGACACGAAGAAUGCUUCAUAUGUAAGAGAAAUGGCAUCAGAGACCAAUACUUCCAGAACUACGAGACUCUGGAGAGUCAUUUUAAUAAUGCUCAUCAUCCCUGCAUGCAGAGCGCCUGUCUAGCUCAGAAAUUCGUCGUGUUUAACACGCCUCUUGAUCUUAAGGCUCAUAUGGUUGAGGAGCAUGGUGCUGAUAUGAGUUCUCGGGACAAGAAGGACGCCCGGCGGGUACCUGCUGAGUUUGAGUUUGAGGAUACACCUGGUAGAAGAGGUGGAGGCCGGAGAGACCGAGAACAUGAAAGGGACUCUUCCGUGCCUGGUCCGUCCAGGCCACCAGGUGGAGGGAGAAGACGAGAAGGAUUCGGUGCGAGCUUGACGAGUGGAAAUGGGAGCAACACGUCACUUCCUACACCACCGGUGGUAAGCCGACGCUCUUCUCCGUCUCCUAAUCGUGAGCCUGUCGAUCCUGCUGUCUUAGAGAAACACACGGCGUUUCUCUCUCGUCUGCAAAGUUUUGCACCCAAUCCUACCACAGCUAUACCAGCUGUGAAGGCCGCGAUCCGAGGGUACCGUGCAUCAGAGUCGAGCGCCAAAGAUUUGAUUUCAACGAUAUGGACUGUGUUGGACUGCCACCUUGAGUACACCGCGAGCAUCGUCAACGGAUUCGUUGACCUUCUGGAAGAAGAUGAGAAAAAGCAAGACGUUCUGAGGUCAUGGAAGGGCUUCGAGAUUGAACAACGUCGUCAAUUUCCGGACCUUGUUCCUUCCUCGGUGGGCAAUGAAUACGCCGGGAUUACAUCUGGCCGUGUAUUGAAUGCCAAACACUCGACUGGCUCGCGUUCUUCCCAGCAGUCGUCGCGGCAAGUGCUCGAUCGUGUGGCCCGGACAGCCUUGUCUUCAACCGCUGUGUCGGCCCCGGCGGCUGUUGCAAAAUUCCCUCCUCUAUCGUCACAAUCGGUCUCAUCCUCUUCUUCCGCGUUCCGUCAGACUCAGCACAAGACCCCGUGGUCUCCUAGCAGUGCGCCAGGCUCCCGCGGGCCCACGCUCAUAUCCAGACCUCCUCCUGGUUUAUCAUCAACCAAAGCAUCCCGACCUCCGCCUCCUGAACUGAACGAAGCAACGUUCCCUGGGUUGCCAAGCGCGGCUCCGAGGGCCAUACCACCUAUGGGCGGCAACACGUCAUUGAGAAACAUCUUGGGUGCCUCAACACCACCACCUCAGACCGUCUGGAAUGCCACCUCGAGUUCUAGUGUUCUUGAUCCCACCCCCGAGGGAUCAGCACCAAAGGGGAAGAAAAAUAAGGGAAAGCAGAAGCAAGCUCUGUUCACCCUGGGUACAUUCCCUACGCGAUUAUCCUUCUCUUAG